UCCAAUUAAUGCUGCAUGUUUUUGGGAUGCGGGAGGAAACCGGAGUGCAGGGAGAAAACCCGCGCAGGCACGGGGUGAACAUGCAAACUCCACACAAGCGGGGCCGGGAUUUAAUACGGGACCUCAGAAUUGAUUAAUUUAGAAAAAAAAAUUGUCCGCAAGACAUUUCAGUUUCUUCCUGUUUCCAAUUACUCAAAGUGUUGAACCAGUACUUCUAACUUUAUAUUUUUACAUAUAUCGGAGGCCUGCCUCCUCUGAUAAGGGUGCUUUCAUAGAAGUUAUUUUUAUGCAAGAAUUACAACAUAUGUGUGAAUGUUUUUUUUUUGCUUGCGGAACACAUCUGUUCCACUGUAUGGAUUUUAUGGAGACAAUGCUGCUGAUUUGGAGAGGCGAGCUUGCAAAGAUUCACUUAUCACUGGCGACGUGCCGUCUCAUCGUGUUUUUUUUUUUUUUUUUAACACAAAUGACGUUCCGAAGAAGAAGAACGUUACGACAAUGUCGUGAAAACGCCGUCAUCCACAACGCCAAGCUAAAAACAAGCUUCAGUUGUUCGACUAUGUCAAUUUUUCCCCCCACUGUACGUUUACACUUUUAAAUGCCAGCUCUCAACACAAGGGAGCGGUUGGAAUGGAAGCUAUGGAAGAUGACGGCUCGGACGUCAAAGAUGACCACAAUCACAACUAUUGUGCGAGCAGAAGCGCUCAGGUCCAGUCUUCUACUAGCAGCCCCCUCUCCAAUGUAACAAGGCUCCAUCAGCCCGUCUGUUCGGCGGUCCCGGCAGUGGAAGGAGGGUCUGGUCGGGGGAGUUUGCUGUGUCACAGCGCACCGGUUUCAAAGUUCAUGGACUCGGACUCAGGCAGCGAGUGCGGCGAGACCGAAUGCGCGAGCCCGGCGGCCGGCUCUGCCCAAGACAAAUUCACUCUGGAGUCGACUUCCAAGUUGCUUCUCAAUGCAAUCGCCGUGGAAGAGUACCGGAACAACCACUGGCCAAGCCUGGAGAAGGCCAUAGAGCGCCUGCUAAUACAGAAUCCCACAGACCACAUCUCUGUUUCAUAUGCUCAGAUAUACAGUUGCGUCUACAAGUGUGUUUGCCAACAACACUCCGAGCUACUCUACAAUGACCUGAAAUCCAAAAUAGCAAAUCAUCUCCAACGGGUAUCCACAGAUCUGCAUGCCGUCCCACUUGAAAACCUGAUAGAAAGCUUCAACACCGCCUUGACACGAUACAUAACAUCUCUUCAGUGUAUUGUUCCAGUAUUUAUGUAUUUGAACAAGUUCUACAUCGAGUCGAAGCUGAACCGUGACCUGAAACAGGAUCUGAUGAACCUGUUUGCUGAUCAUGUUGCGGACAAAUAUGUCGACACACUCAUGCCUCUUCUCAUUAAAGCUCACGCGGUGCCCUUCGAAGUACAGCCGUCGACCAUGGCCAGUGUGGUUAAAGGCCUUCACAGCCUCCGACCAGAGUGGGCCCAGUUGGCACCUGCUCUCUUCUCUAACUUUAUUCCUCAAAUCAACCCCCCCGCUAUGGAGUCUCUGCUACUGGACUACGCUGCUCAUGACCAGGAGCUCCAGAUGGAGCUUUCCAUGAACGGCUUUCCACGAGGUGAUCAGUCUCGCAAGCGGGCCAACGAUGACUCUUGAGUGGACGGUGCGCAUCAGCAUUUAUAUGGCCCCAUGUCUUCGCUGUUCUAAGUGAAAGGCACAGACGCUGAAUAGGUCGGGACUUGCCAGCUUCUGAGGCAGCAUCACAGGACUAACCGAACAGAAUCGGGACUGAGGCUGUGUAAAAGGAAUGGCGGUAUGUCGGGGCCAGCGUGUCACUCAAUUCUUUCGCGUUAGACCAGAGGCUGCGGUGGACGAUGUCCUGUUGUCGAGUAAACAUGCAGAUAUUUCUUGGUUGGAUGGGUUGUGAAAGGAUGCUCAUUAAUGCCGGCCAGCUCUACUGUUACUGCGUCACACUGGGUGAAAGGGGGCUUAUGUCAGUCAGUAUGUCACAGGUAAAUGUAAAGCGAUCACUCUGGUGUUAGCGGCCAUAUCUAUGUUUUCUGUCUUUGGCGGAGUGCUUUCACGGUGUCUAUUGUGAUAAAAUUUCAAACAGAUGCGAGGCUGAUAAUGCUAUAUUGCAUUCCUAACAUUUCUCAUUAAAAUUUCUUGCAAAACAGUGGAUUAACAAAGACUUGCGCUGCUAAUUACCCACACAGUAUGUUUGUAUACCAAUCCCUUGAUAUCACUAUUUGCGACCGAAGUGAGCAGUUUCAACAUGAGAGUGUAUCGAGAAAUUGGAACUAAACUGUGAUUGUCCAUCUAUAUUGAUGCCUUUAUUGUGUUGGGAAAUGGAAAUGUGUUGCCACUGAUACCAAAGACGAUUUGCAGUACAGCACUUAGUAUUGAUUUGGUAUGUAUUCAAGCUAACAUUAUUACUUAUGCAUGUUUACUUGUCUUCUAUAUUUAUUUUUUGAUACUAACAAUUUUAGGGUUCUUGUUUUUGAAAUCAGAACUUGAUUGUGUGUUGCAGCCUUGCUUGUAGGACUUUUGAGUCAGAGUGCCAUAAAGCCCAUUUCUGCCUUGUUCCUGAUGUGUAAAUGUAUCAAGUCUGAAUCUUCAUACAACAAAUAUGCAAAUUUUAUAAUGCGCAGGUCUACAUGAAAGGUUUAAUACAAAGCUUCAUGUUUGUACAUUAACAUUCACUAAGCUAUUUGUCAAAGGCAUUUUCGUGUAAUUAUUCACUUGGCUUUGUGUCUUUUACACUGUUUUAAGUGUAAUCUAGAAUCUGAGGCCUGGUUUUUGUUUUGAUCUUUGUCCUAAGAAUGGAUGUCACUGUCACUCAGCUAAAGAUUUUAAUUACUGAUGGCACACAGCUUUUUAUUUACCAACAAAAUGAUUUAGUAAAAAUGUCAUCAUA